UCCAGACAGCCAGGAGUUAAAUGUCUGAGCGAUUUGUAUGCAGAGAGGCAGGUCCUGCUGGGCUGAGGCAGAAGCCCAUUCAUUGAUUCACUCGCUCAGCCGCUGAAGCCCCUACCCCCUGUUCGCCUGGGAAGUUUGCAUCUGUGCUGGUCGCUGGCAUCAAAUGGGAAGCGCAUGGACAGAUCACGAGGAGCGGGCUCGGCGAUUGUAACCUUUCUCAUACAAGGACUUUAAUGGGUUAAGCUGUAUGUGAGCUACGGGGAAGCAGGUACCUUCGCACCGUAUGGAACAGAGGAAAGCCGUCGCUUCCCCCCGCUGUGCAGGGUUAGCAUCUCAUGAGACACGUUUGAAUAGAUUGCAGGCAGUUCGCAGAUAACGGAAGCCUUGGAGAAGGUACACGCUUGCGGCUUCCCGGUUGAGCUGCCGUGGAUCCCACAAUGUGAUUGGUGGCUCGGAGCUGAACAGACCGAUGGCUGCAGGUGUGUUAGGGGGUCUCUGGAAGGCACACGCGUGGUGGAUUUGUACUGGGGAUACGAUUCACGAUCAUCCCAAUGGCAUGUAACCGAGCGCUGCUGGGAGGCCAAGACCCCGGAGAUCAGAGGGAAUAUAUGCCUUUACUUCGUGGAUUUCCUGAGGAAAACAGGGGAAUCCCAAUCAUCUGGAAAUGGAAUCCGAGGCUAAGCAUUAUUCCAGAAAGAGAGCCGUGGCACACGGACUGGAGGACCAGAAGAGGAUCUACACGGACUGGGCCAACCACUACCUGUCCAAAUCCGGCCACAAGCGGCUCAUCAAGGACCUGCAGGAAGAUGUGACGGACGGCGUUCUGCUGGCGGAGAUUAUCCAGGUCGUCGCAAACGAGAAGAUUGACGACAUCAAUGGAUGCCCCAAAAACAGAUCCCAAAUGAUUGAGAAUAUCGACACCUGCCUAAGUUUCUUGGCAGCCAAGGGAAUCAGUAUUCAAGGCCUGUCAGCCGAGGAGAUCAGGAAUGGGAAUCUGAAGGCCAUUCUGGGUCUGUUCUUCAGCCUGUCUCGGUACAAACAGCAGCAGCAGUCGUCACAAAGACAGCCGCCGGGGAUCAGCCCGCCGUGCCAGCAGAUCUACCACCCUGCGGCUUUUACCCAUGCCCAGCCGAGUGCGCCCGCCGCAGCCCCGUGCCAACAACCGCAACAACCUCCUUGCCUGCAGACGAAAGCACAAGCAGAGAUGCAUUCCAGGCUCCCGGCUCCCAGCUCGAGGCCGGCAGCUGCCGCCGGUGAAGCCAAACUGCGAGGUCCGACCGGCAGCAACAGGCGCAGUCAGAGCUUUAACAACCACGACAAAGCCAAACCUGCGCAACCUCCGGCGGCCGACAAAGGACCCGUAGAGGGCAGCGGCUCUCAGCCGGCAGGAAUGAGUGACAAUGCCGUGUCCUCCUCCAUCCCGCAACCGAACUCCGCCAACAAACCGUGGCGCAGCAAGUCGCUCAGCGCCAAACACGCGUCUUCCGUGGUGUCCGUCAAGCAGCCGGCGCCAGAAAGUCCAAAACAACCGGCAGAACCCCCAAAGCCGGCUCCGAAUUCGCAGAAAUCCAUGCUGGAAAAGUUAAAACUGUUUAACAGCAAAGGGAGCUCCAGAUCCUCUCUGGAGGGAUCCCGCGACGUCAGCUGCGACCGACUCGACGCUCUUCCAAGCUUCGAGGAAGCGGAUGAAAUGGAGAACGCGCUCCGCAGCGCAAACAGCCCCAAAACGGCACUGAAGGGCAUCGCGCAGCGCACGCUCGGCCGCGCCUUGACCAACAAAAAGACUUCUCCUAAGGGCAGCGAGAAGGACAAAGACAAGCAGAAGGACAAAGAGAAAAGUAAAGACUUGUCAAAAAGAAUCUCCCUCCCCGAAAGGCCCGACAACAACGAGUCGCCGAGGGAAGAGCAGGCGGCAGCUGCCGGCGACGGGCCGAAAAAAUCCUCCAAGAUCUCGAGCCUCAUCCCCAAAGGUGGGAAGCAGAACAACCCCAAGAAGGAGGCCCCGGCUCCUUCGCAAAGCGGAAUACCAAAACCAGGAGCCAAAAGCACCCCAGGGAAAGCCUCAAGUGCCCCGUCAUCUGCCAAGGAGGGGGAGAAGAUCCGGACCGGGAAGCACGGGUCCGGGCUCUCCGUUCACAAGUCCCAGCUGGAUAACAGGAAUUCCAGCUCGUCGUCGAGCCUGGCGUCGUCUGACGGGAAAGGCGUCGGUGGCGCGGGGGCCGCGGGGCAGCCGAUCGCCGUAACUCAGGCCUCGGGGAGCAAUACAGUCAGCGUGCAGCUACCUCAACCGCAGCAGCAGUACAACCACCCGAACACGGCCACCGUGGCACCCUUUAUGUACAGCAGGUCUCAGGCAGACUGCGAUGGCAAUGUGUCGGUGGAAAGCAGCUCAGGAGGAAUCCACGUGGAGCCGUCUGUUUACACUAAAGGAGGACAGCCCUGUGUGGAAGACGUCGCUGGAGAAGAUCCCGAAACCCGGCGAUUACGCACCGUUAAAAACAUAGCGGAUCUGCGCCAGAACUUGGAAGAAACCAUGUCGUGCCUUCGGGGGACGCAGAUCACUCACAGCACGCUGGAAACCACGUUUGACGGUAACGUUACUACUGAAGUGAGCGGACGCAAUAUCCUGGGUUUAUCGGCCAGGCAGACGCCGUUACCGUGGAGACUUGGACAGUCCAGCCCGCGCCUGCAGGCAGGUGAUGCCCCCUCCAUGGGCAACGGAUACCCUCCACGAGCCAACGCCAGCCGCUUCAUCAACUGCGAGCCAGGACGGUACAUGUACUCCGCGCCCCUGAGGAGGCAGCUAGCGUCACGCGGGGGCACCGGCACCCACACGGACCCCUCGGACAGGGGCAGAGAUGAAAUCGGUAUGGAGAACAUUAGUAUCGAUGCUACCGGUUACAUGAGCGAUGGAGACGUUCUGAGCAAGAAUAUCAGGACUGAUGACAUCACCAGCGGUUAUAUGACAGAUGGAGGGCUGAGCCUUUACACGCGAAGACUGAACCGAUUGCCGGAGGGAAUGGCUGCCGUACGAGAAACCCCACAACGCACUGAAACCGGCGGCCAAGGAGACGCUGACAGCUGGGAUGACAGCAGCUCGGUGAGCAGCGGGAUCAGCGACACCAUCGAUAACCUCAGCACCGAUGAUAUAAACACAAGCUCGUCCAUCAGCUCCUACGCCAACACGCCGGCCUCAUCACGCAAAAACCUGGACACGCAGGCUGAUGGGGAGAGGCAACGAGCCGCCGACCGCACGUCUCUGUGGUCUGGAGACGAAGUGAGAAGAGCGGAUGGUGGAUCAGACGGCGGCGUAAAGAUGGAUCCCGCCUGCAAGUGGAGGAAAAAUGCCUCCGACGUGUCCGAUGAGUCCGAUAAAAGCACGUCGGGGAGGAAGAACACCGUCAUCUCGCAGACCGGCUCGUGGAGACGGGGCAUGACGGCUCAGGUCGGCAUCUCAAACCCGCGGACCAAGUCAUCGACUGCGGCGGGCGCGACGAAGACACCCGGGACAGGGAAAACGGACGAUGCGAAGGUGUCGGAGAAAGGCGGCCUGGCACCCAAAUCCACGCAGGUGAAUCGCUCCCCAUCAGAUGCCGGCCGCAGCAGUGGAGAUGAAGCCAAGAAGCCUCCGUCUAAUACCUCUAGGACUAUACCAGCCAACACCAACACCUUCGGUUUUAAGAAGCACGGAGGGGCGGCGCUGGGAAUGCCGAUCAUCACGGCCAGCGGGGCCACAAUAACCAGCGGCUCGGCUACCUUGGGCAAAAUGCCCAAAUCGUCUGGCCUGAUGGGCCGGUCUGCCAACCGCAAGCCCAGUGCCGAGGCCCCGCAAAACCAGGAUGAUGGCUACUUGCAUCUGAGCGCCAGGAGCAACCUGCAGUACCGCAGCCUACCCCGACCCAGCAAAUCCCGCAGCGGAACCGGAAACCGCUCCAGCACCAGCAGCAUAGACUCCAACAUCAGCAGCAAGUCGGCGGGGCUGUCCAUCCCGGCACUCCGAGAGCCCUGCCGGCUAAUCAACCAGACUGACAGGGAGAAGGGAAUCUCGUCCGACAACGAGAGCGCCGCCUCCUGCGGCUCCGUGAAAAUGAAGCCGGCAUCGCAGUCCGGCGGCGGAGGGGCUCGUCAGCAGGCCAACAAGUACCCGGACGUGUCCUCGCCGACCCUGCGCAGGCUGUUUGGAGGAAAACCAAAUAAACAGGUCCCUCUAACCACCGCCGAAAAUAUGAAGAACUCUGUGAUUAUCUCCAACCCUCACGCCACCAUGACGGCGCAGCCCGAGUCCCCCUCCGGUAGCGCGGCUCUGAGCAGCGGAGGCAGCAGCCCCCUUUACGGGAGAAGCCUGGAUCCGAACGCCUCUCCUCUGGCCUCCAGCCCCGGCUCGGCUCAUUCGGCCCUCUGGGGAACCAACGCCAGCAGCUCGUCGGCCGUCAGCAAGGACGGCUGGGGAUUUCAGUCGGUCGGCAGCCUGCAGACCAGCUGCGAGUCCAUCGAUAUCUCGCUGAGCAGCAACAACUCCCCCGGCGCGCUCACCGCGUCCGCCCGGGACGAAGCCGGCGCCCCCUUCGUGAGGACGAACAGUAUCAAGACCGCGGCAUCUGAGAGCCCCCUGUCUUCUCCCGCUCCUAGCCCCAAAUUCAGCAGGAACACUUUACCACGGAAGCAGGACAGUUCUUGUCUUCUCUCCCACCGCUGCCUCAGCGACCCCCACGUAGAUAGGAACACUUUGCCUAGAAAAGGCCUCAGGUGCGCUCCGUCUCAGCUCCGCAGUCAGGAAGAAGCCAAGGAGUGGCUCCGGUCUCAUUCCACCAGCGGGCUGCAGGACUCUGCCGGUAACUCUCCGUUCUCACCGGGAUCCAGCGUAACGUCGCCCUCCGGGACGAGAUUCAACUUCUCCCAGCUGGCAAGUCCCACGACGUCGUCGCAGAUGAGUUUGUCGAACCCGACCAUCCUGCGAACUCACAGCAUGUCCAACACGGACGGAUCAUGUGACGCCUACGGCGACGCGCGCUUCCGGAACAGCUCCAUGUCAUUGGACGAGAAGACGCGGACCAUGAGCCGCUCGGGCUCGUUCCGUGACGGCUUCGAGGAGGUUCAUGGAUCAUCCUUGUCUUUGGUGUCCAGCACGUCCUCGGUAUAUUCCACGCCCGAGGAGAAAUGUCACUCGGAGAUCCGGAAGUUACGCCGGGAGCUGGACGCGUCUCAGGAGAAAGUGUCUGCGCUGACCACCCAGCUCAGCGCUAAUGCUCAUCUUGUGGCCGCUUUCGAACAGAGUCUGAGUAACAUGACCAUCCGGCUGCAGAGUCUGACCAUGUCUGCGGAGCAGAAGGAUUCAGAGCUGAACGAGCUCCGGAAAACCAUCGAGCUGCUGAAGAAGCAGAACGCGGCGGCGCAGGCGGCCAUCAACGGCGUCAUCAACGCCCCCCCGGAACUGAGCUGCAAAGGGAACGGGACGCCCCAGUCUGCUGACCUGCGGAUCCGGAGACAGCAUUCGUCAGACAGCGUCUCCAGCAUCAACAGCGGAACCAGCCACUCGAGCGUCGGCAGCAACGUGGACAGCGACUGCAAGAGGAAGAAACGCAAAAACUGGCUGAGAAGUUCCUUCAAACAAGCGUUCGGCAAAAAGAAAUCUCCCAAAUCGGCUUCUUCUCAUUCCGACAUCGAGGAGAUGACCGACUCGUCCCUCCCGUCUUCCCCGAAGUUACCCCACAACGGGUCGGCCCUUUCCACGCCGCUCAUGCGUGGCUCGCUCUCCACCUCCCUCGUUCCGGACUGCGUGGAGAACGAGGCGGAGAGCGUCCUCCAGCUCCGCAACGAGCUCCGGGACAAGGAGAUGAAGCUGACGGACAUCCGGCUGGAGGCUCUGAGCUCCGCUCAUCAGCUGGACCAGCUCAGGGAGGCCAUGAACCGGAUGCAGAGUGAGGUCGAAAAACUCAAAGCUGAAAACGACCGUUUAAAGGCAGAAAAUUCAGGCCGAUCUCAGAUUCCUAUUUCAUCGUCUCCAAGGCAGUCGGUGGUCCCUGCGCAGCCCAGCGUGGGCCUGACCGAGUCCUCCAGUCUGGAUAUGCUCCUGGAAGAUGCAGCCGACGGGACCCUGAGGAAGGAAGCCCGACGCGUGAAGAUUGUCGUCAGCUUUCAAGAGGAAGUUAAAUGGAGAGAGGAUUGCCGGCCGCGCAUGUUCCUUAUUGGAUGUAUUGGCGUUGGAGGAAAGACAAAGUGGGAUGUGCUGGACGGCGUUAUAAAGAGAUUGUUUAAGGAAUACGUCGUUCACGUUGACCCCGUGAGUCAGUUGGGUUUGAACUCCGACAGCGUUACUGCUUACAGCAUCGGUGAAAUAAAGCGGUCCGGGAGCGCGGGGGCGCCGGAGCUGCUUCCCUGCGGGUAUCUUGUGGGAGAGAAUAACACGAUCUCCGUCUCGCUGAAAGGCCUCUCGGAGAACAGUUUGGACGCCUUGGUGUUCGAGACUCUGAUCCCGAGACCGAUCCUUCAGAGAUAUGUCUCGCUGUUAGCGGAACACAGGAGAAUUAUCCUGUCCGGGCCGAGCGGGACUGGAAAAACCUACCUGGCCAGCCGUCUGUCCGAGUACAUGGUCCUGCGAGAGGGCAGAGAGCUCGGCGACGGGGCAAUCGCUACGUUCAACGUAGACCACAAAUCCAGCAAGGAGCUGCGGCAGUACCUGUCCAACCUGGCCGAUCAGUGUAACAGCAAGAACAACGCGGCCGACUUACCUCUGGUGGUCAUCCUGGACAAUCUGCAUCACGUCAGCUCCCUGGCCGAGAUCUUCAACGGCCUCUUAAACUGCAAAUACCACAGAUGUCCGUAUAUCAUCGGCACCAUGAAUCAGGCCACGUCAUCCACACCCAACCUCCAGCUCCACCACAAUUUCAGGUGGGUUCUGUGUGCUAAUCACACCGAGCCGAUAAAGGGCUUCCUUGGACGAUUCCUUCGGAGAAAACUCAUCGAGACAGAAAUCAGCUCCAGAACGAGAAACCCUGAAUUGGUUAAAAUCAUAGACUGGAUCCCCAAGGUUUGGCAACAUCUCAACAAGUUCCUGGAAGCGCACAGCUCCUCGGACGUGACCAUCGGGCCUCGGCUGUUCCUCUCCUGCCCGAUAGAUGUGGACGGCUCACGAGUUUGGUUUACAGACCUGUGGAACUAUUCCAUUAUUCCGUACCUGCUGGAGGCGGUCAGGGAGGGUCUGCAGCUGUAUGGAAGACGAGCCCCGUGGGAAGACCCUGCCAGGUGGGUAAUGGACACAUAUCCGUGGACGGCGGUCCCACAGCAGCACGAGUGGCCCACCUUACUGCAGCUGCGACCCGAAGACGUGGGCUUCGACGGGUAUUCGGUACAGAGGGAGGGAGCGUCCAGUAAACACGUUCCAUCCGGGAGUGCGGAGGGCGAUCCGCUGAUGAAUAUGCUGAUGAGGCUUCAGGAAGCUGCCAACUAUUCCAGCCCUCAGAGUUACGACAGCGACUCGAACAGCAACAGCCACCAAGACGACAUCUUGGACUCGUCGCUGGAGUCCACGCUGUGAGCCGGAGGAGCGAAGCCCCCCGUACCGAGAGGCCGGAGCGGGACCUCCACCAUAAGACACUUUGAGUCUAUUUAAAGCAGGCGCAGGCGCCGCGUGAAGCAUUCUGGGUUUUAUGCCACGUCACAUUAUGCACUGCAAGGUUUAUUCGCCGUCAGACUUUGUCGCAAACACUGAAGACUUUAGUUCUGUAGAUGAAAAAAAAAGGAACAGAAAGAAUCUGAAAUGGGGUGAGGGGUCCGGCAGAGACGGGCACUCCGAGGGGUGAGGGAUCUAAUCGGGACGGCCACGCUCACCCGGGACGGAGGUGCCACGUUGCUUGGAGCGGCAUGCUGGGCACUGGCUGCUAACGGCGCCAACGAUACUACUGACCUCGUCUAAUGUGACAUUCUCCUCCCCGAGAUUUAACCAUUUCUGUAACUUCUUACAUCACAGCGAACGAUAAAAAAUAUCAUCUAAAUACCAAAAA